GUCCUGAGCACAGAGGAGACAUUUGCGGGUGGAAACAGAGCAGGAUCCGGCCGGUCCCUCCGUCGCUGGCACAGAUCAUCGAAGAGCUCAUCAAGGAGGACGGUUUCCAGCCGGAUCUGGCCCCCGCCUUGCCCAAGUCGUUGCCCAAGGGCUCGGCCAAGCUGGUGGCCCGCGGCUCCAGCCCUGCGCUGGCUGCCCGGCCGCUGCGCCCCGUUGAGCCCUGCCCGGCCGGGCUGGUGCCCUAUGGGACCCCGUGUGGCCCCGGUGCCCCGCUGCUGCCCGCUGACGCCCGCUCACCCCAGCUCGCCCAGAGCCUCAGCACCCUCUCGCUGUCACCCAAGCUGGUGCCACGGGGCACGGCAGGCCCCAGCGGGCGGCACCGCUGGUCUCCAGGCAAGGACCAGCUAGAGGAGCUGCUGGAGCCGCCCAAGCUGGUGAUCACGGAGCAGCCCAAGCAGCGGGGCAUGCGUUUCCGCUACGAGUGCGAGGGCCGCUCCGCUGGCAGCAUCCUGGGCGAGAGCAGCACCGACGCCAGCAAGACGCUGCCGGCCAUCGAGCUGGUGAACUGCCAGGCGAUCCCCGAGGUGAAGGUGACGGCGUGCCUGGUGUGGAAGGACUGGCCGUACCGCGUCCACCCCCACGGCCUCGUGGGCAAGGACUGCAGCAACGGGCUCUGCGAGGUCGUCCUCAAACCCCAGACCAACCCCAAGCACAGCUUUAGCAACCUCGGCAUCCAGUGCGUGAAGAAGAAGGAGAUCGAGACGGCGAUAGAGAAGAAGCUGCAGCUGGGCAUCGACCCCUUCAAAGCUGGGUCCCUCAAGAACCAUCAGGAGGUGGACAUGAACGUGGUGAGGAUCUGCUUCCAGGCCUCCUACCAGGACAGCUCCGGGCAGACGCAGCACCUCAGCCCUGUGCUGUCGGAGCCCAUCUUCGACAAGAAGUCCACCAACACGUCGGAGCUGAGGAUCUGCCGGAUGAACAAGGAGAGCGGGCCCUGCACGGGCGGCGAGGAGCUCUACCUCCUCUGUGACAAGGUCCAGAAAGAGGACAUCGCGGUGGUUUUCCGCAAGGAGGCGUGGGAAGCGCGGGCCGACUUCUCGCAGGCCGACGUGCACCGCCAGGUCGCCAUCGUGUUCAAGACGCCGCCGUACCAGCACCUGGAGCUCGCCGAGCCCGUGGAGGUGGAGGUCUUCCUGCAGCGCCUCACCGACAGCGUCUGCAGCGAGUCCUUCCGCUUCACCUACCUGCCCAAGGACCACGACGCCUAUGGGGUGAACGUGAAGCGGAAGCGGGGGAUGCCCGACGUCCUGGAGGAGCUCUCGGGCUCAGAUCCAUACGGGAUUGAAGCCAAGAGGAGGAAGAAGCCGCCUGGAUACAUGGAUCACUUUGUUCCGCUGUCGGCUGCAGAGGACGCCUUGGCCCUGUUCGGCACCCUGGAGGCAGCGCCGGAGCCCUUCGACGCCCUGGCGCAGCUCUACGGCCCCUUGGCCCCGCUGGGGCUGCCGGCGGCCUGCGCCCCGGCCAUGGACUUGGGGGGCUGCCUGGGCCCCGAGCUGCUGGCCGAGCCCUACGGCUCGCCGCCCGCCGCCCCCUUCCCUCCCGCCGAGCCCCACGGCACCGCCAGCCUCGUGGGCACCAACAUGUUCCCCGGGCACUACAAGGACGCGUGCGACCGCGCCGAGCUGGAGCUGCGCCUGGGCGACGGCUGAAGGGGGUGGGGUGGGGUGGGGGGACACCCCUACCCCCCCCCCACCACCACCACGCCACGGACUUGGGGACAGCAGCCCCCUCCCCCCCCGCUUCGUUCCCCUCUCUGCCUCCCCCCCCCCCCCGCCCCACCUCAGGCCGGCUGGUCCCCUCCCCGGGGCGGCCCGGUGCCCCCGCCGCGCUCGGUUCCCCCCCGCCCCGGUCCGAGCCCCUUUUGCACUAUAUUUAUAGGGGCGGAGGGUGGUGGGGUGCGUGUGUCCCCCCCCCCCCCCCCCAGCACCUCUGUCACCCCCUCCCCAGGGUGCUGGGGACCCCGGGGGGGGGGUAGGUGGGCCCCGCACAGCCGCUCUGGGCCUCGGCGUCCUUCUCUGUACGAGGGAGACGGAGGGGGGUUAAUAAAGCGAUCGACUCCCGGC